GAGUCCAGGCUGCUCAGCCUUCCGCUAUCUGGGGCGGGACUGAAGCAGGAUCGGGGCCCCGGGCAAUUGCCCAUAGGAACCCAGGGACCCCCAAACGAAGGAAGAAGACGACCACCUGCUAAACUACAGGCAUGCCUCUAUAGAACGAGCUGCGACGCUGGGGCAAAGGUGAGCCCUCAUUUUGCAGCUUAAAACACGCUCUCCUCCCUCCAGCGCCUUCCUGCUCGCACACUCCUCCCCGUCCCCGAGACUUCUCUAAGGUACCUGCCAAAGGCUCCUUGUGAGCUUCUUAAAGGGGUUUUCCACCUUUUUGAUAUUUAAGACCUGGACAGGUCUUCAAUAUCGGAUCAGCAGUUUAAGGAAGCCACUGGAGCUGGAAACAAAAAUCAAAAAAGAGUGUCACUAUGAGGCUAUCGUUUAUUAAGCUGGAGAGAGUUCUCCUUCUAGGUGUGGGUUUUGCUGGACUUCUAUUUAUCAUGUAUCAAGGUGAAGAUGGAGAUGAACCACUAACUUUGAACAAAAAGGAACAUAAGCCUGUCAUUCCAUCCCACCUUACUGUUGCUCCGACUGUGAUAAAAAAACUUGUGUGGCUCCCACAAUGCCAGGAGAACAAAACCAUGGAAAGUAUUGAAGGUUUUUUAAAUCUACCAGCACAUAUUCAGGAUUUCCUGCGGUAUAGGCAUUGCAGGAGCUUUCCCCAGAUCCUUAAUUCGCCAAAGAAGUGUGGAGGUGCAGCAGCGUCAAAAGAUAUCUUCCUUCUACUUGCCAUAAAAUCUUCUCCAGAUAACUACGAAAGAAGAGCUAUAAUUCGUCAGACAUGGGGGGAGGAAACUAGUUAUGGCGGUGCUCAUGUGAGAAGAAUUUUUGUCUCUGGAACUUCAAAAAAUGAGCGUGAAGACAAACAUUUAAGACAACUUCUAAAAAUUGAGAGUGAAACAUAUGGGGAUAUCCUACAGUGGGACUUCCAUGACACGUUUUUUAACCUGACACUAAAACAGUUCCUAUUCCACAUGUGGCUGGAUGAAUACUGUCCAGGAGCAAACUUUAUUUUUAAUGGAGAUGAUGAUGUAUUUGUCAACACCUUUAAUGUAGUCGCCUACCUACGUGGUAAUGAAGCAGAUAGGCACCUUUUUGUAGGUCAGCUGAUAGCUAAUGUUGGACCUAUUCGUGAAUCUAGAAGCAAAUAUUAUGUACCAGUACAAGUUACUACUUCUGAUGCCUACCCAAUGUACUGUGGUGGUGGAGGAAUUCUCAUGUCCAGAUAUACUGCUCAUGCCAUCCACAAUAAAUCUCAGGACAUCCAGUUGUUCCCUAUUGAUGAUGUUUAUCUAGGCAUGUGUCUUGCAAAGGCUGGCCUUGUCCCAACCUCACACAUGGGCAUGAGGACAGUGGGGGUGCAUGUACCUUCUGCCAAACUGGAUUCAUUCAAUCCUUGUUAUUAUAGAGAACUUUUAAUGGUCCAUCGUUUUAUACCAUAUCAGAUGUUAGUCAUGUGGAAGGCAAUUCAAGAUCCUCAUCUUGACUGCGGCCAGAAAUUGUCCAUUUAUUUAGGUAUAAAAUAGCAAUGAACCAAUGUUUAUAACAAAACAAAGAGCCAUUUAAUAUACUUCAAUAUAUAUAGUGGAGAAACUGUAUGAUAAAAGUUGUAUUUAUGUCAUGUGUUAAUUUAUUUUCUGUUUUGUUUUUCAUAAAAAAUAUAUAAAUUAAGCAAUGUAACCUUUGAUCAUAAAUUAUACCAUUUAUACGCUCAUUGAACAUGGAUCAAAAGAAUAGAAUCUCUUACAUAUCUACAGUUUUAUAGGGUUGAGCGAACCUGUGGAAGUUCGGCCGAACUUAAGGUCAAAGUUCGGGUUCGGGACCCGAACUUUACCCCAAACCCAGACCCCAUUUAAGUCAAUGGGCCCCAGAACUUCACUUUAUUAU